GUAAUACAAAGUAAAUACCUUUUUCUAUAUUAAAUUUUUUGCUUUUGCUUUUUAGUUGUGGCCACAAACAAAAAAUUUGAUUUCCUAUUGAUGGGAAAAGCAUCGGACUCCGUUUGUCGAUUGGCAGACAAAUGUCAGACAGAAACUACAUAUGUACAUACAUGUCAAUCGAUAAAGUAACGACAAAAGGCACUCACAGAAUAAAGCAACACCGAAUUUUGUCAUUUGGAGUCAUUGCAUUUCGAGGAUAUAAACGCCAUUGGUGGUUGGAGAAUAGACGCAUCAACAUGGCAGACAAUAAUGAGACAGUGUCGCUAACGCCACCGGAUGCACGGCGAAUAUUUUUGAAAGAAUUAAAACGUCGUAUUAUUAAAGCGCGCAGUGCCCAAACGGUUGGCUGGCUGGAGCAACACUUAGAGAAUGCAACCGAUUCAGUCUUGGCACAAAUCGAUGAUAAAUUGAACACGUUGAACACGUUCCUGCUAACAAGUAAUAGCAUAAUAACAGCAGCAGGAAACCACCGUUGUAUACGCGCUGACUGGAAAUGAAGAGAACAUCAAAAAUAUGAUCGAUAGAGAUGCUGACGCAGCAACGCUGCGAUCCGCAAAAAUGGCAGGCAAAGCGAAUGCAAUUGCAGCUCCAUUGACUUGAGAUUCACCUCGCUGCUGUUUGAACUGAAACUGGAAGUGCUGCUGCACUUUUUGCUUAAAAGUUUCCUUUGGCAUCGUUAAUUUGAUAUAGCGCAAGCGAAUUUCACAAUAUUAGUGAUGGAAGACGCUUCAAUUUAGGUGUGAGCUUUUGAGGGAAGUUAUUCGAUACAAGUAAAUAUCGAUAUUUUGUUGAGAGAAAUACAUUUUUAAC